AUGGAGCCCGUGGAUGCCCAACUGCGGCUCGGCCCGCCGAGCAGCGGCGGUGCGUUGGCGGCGACGGAUAGGAAGUACGUCAAGGUGAGCAUACAAGGAGCUCCCUACCUGCGGCAGGUGGACCUGAGGGCGUACGGAGGGUACGCGGAGCUGAGGGCUGCGCUCUUGAGCUUGGCUGGCCAGCAGUUGGACUUGGCCGUGGCCUACGAGGACGAGGACGGCGACCUCAUGCUCGCCGGCGACCUCCCGUGGGACAUGUUCGUCGAUAGCUGCAAGAAGCUCCUUAUCUACAAGAGGAGGCUGAUUUGA